AUGCUCGCUGCUCGUUCCUUUACUGCUGCCCGAUGCCUGCGGUCGCCCCGUGUGGUCUCCAGCUUCGCCCCCGUGUCGCAGCUGCGCACCUACGCUAGUGCUUCGCAAGACCCCGUCGCCAAGUUCAAGGGCCAGAAGGGCGCUGAUGGCAAGUACACCGUCACCCUGAUCGAGGGUGAUGGCAUUGGACCGGAGAUCUCGCAGUCUGUCAAGGACAUUUUCGCCGCUGCUAAGGCCCCGGUCAAGUGGGAGUCCGUCGAUGUCACCCCCAUCCUCAAGGAUGGCAAGACCGCCAUCCCCGAUGCUGCUAUCAAGAGCGUGCAGAAAAACUACGUUGCCCUCAAGGGUCCUCUGGCGACACCCGUGGGCAAGGGUCAUGUCUCUCUGAACCUGACUCUCCGCCGGACCUUCAACCUGUUCGCCAACCUGCGUCCUUGCCGCUCGAUCGCUGGCUACAAGACCCCCUACGACAACGUCGACACGGUCCUGAUCCGUGAGAACACCGAGGGUGAAUACUCGGGCAUUGAGCACGUGGUGGUGGAUGGCGUGGUGCAGAGCAUCAAGCUCAUCACCAAGGAGGCCUCGGAGCGUGUGCUGCGCUUCGCUUUCCAGUACGCGCAGUCGAUCAAUAAGAAGAAGGUCCGCGUCGUGCACAAGGCCACCAUCAUGAAGAUGUCCGACGGUCUCUUCCUCAACACCGCCCGCGAGAUCGCCAAGGACUUCCCCGACAUCGAGUUCGAUGCCGAGCUGCUGGACAACUCCUGCCUGCGAAUCGUCACCGACCCCACCCCCUACAACGACAAGGUCCUGGUCAUGCCCAACCUGUACGGUGACAUUCUGUCCGACAUGUGCGCCGGUCUGAUCGGUGGUCUGGGUCUGACUCCCUCCGGUAACAUUGGUGACGAGUGCUCCAUCUUCGAGGCCGUCCACGGCUCUGCCCCCGAUAUCGCCGGCAAGGGUCUCGCCAACCCCACUGCUCUGCUGCUGAGCAGUAUUAUGAUGCUGCAGCACAUGGGUCUGCACGACCACGCCGCUCGCAUCCAGAAGGCCACUUUCGACACCCUGUCUGAGGGCAAGUCUCUCACCGGUGACCUUGGCGGCAAGGCCAAGACCCACGAGUAUGCCGAGGCCAUCAUGAAGCGCCUGUAA